CGCUGUCCCGCUCGACGUCAAGACUCAAAACUCAAGGCAUCAACGCCCCCAACGCUUCCACCGGACACAGUGCGACAAUCAAGUUGCACUUCCGACAUAAAACCACAUAGCCCAGCAUGAUCAUCACCAAGCAGAACCGCCGCGUCAUCUACGAGAACCUCUUCAAGGAGGGCGUGAUGGUCGCGAAGAAGGAUUUCAACGCACCCAAGCAUGAGGAGCUCGACGUCCCUAACCUUCAGGUUAUCAAGGCCAUGCAGAGCCUUACCUCGAAGGGCUUCGUCAAGACCCAGUUCUCGUGGCAAUGGUACUACUACAUUCUCACUCCCGAGGGUGUUGACUACCUCCGCGAAUGGCUGCACCUCCCUGCUGAGAUCGUGCCCUCCACCCACAAGAAGGCUGCUCGGCUACCCCGCCCUGCUGGUGUCCGUGGCCCUGGCGCCGAGGGUGCCUACCGCCCACCUCGUGGCGGCGACCGCGAGGACUACCGCAAGAAGGAAGGUGCGCCCAGCGACUUCAGGCCUAGCUUCGGUGUGGGCCGUGGUGCUCCCCGGGAGUAAAUGCGCUUGGCGGUACCAAGCCAUAUAUGCUUGGGUGGAGGCAGGGCGGUGGCAUAGAGCCGGACGGUGGAAGGGGGGUGGAUUGUAUGUUGACGCGGCUCCAAAAUGACUGAAUGUCUACUGCUAUCGCUACAGUAUGUGAACAUCGAUUAGGCCGCAUGCCCUUCAUCAUUAUUUUGUCGGUUCUAUGCUAUGAUAUUUCAGCUUCUCUCUGUACAGUGUGUCUAACUCUAUCGAUCCCCUGAAG